AUUAGGGUAACAUAACCUUUAAAAAUCAGUCAAUAAUAGCAACAAUAGACGUGGGUAUUUUUUACGUGGAGAAAAUAGUAAAGUACGUUUUUCUGCGGAAAGUUUUAAUUAAAAAAUUCCUUUUAAAUAAGUCUUUUUUUAAUAAACGUUGAAUGACCCUCAUUUUUUAAAACGAUUAAGAAUAAACAAUGAACAUGCUCAGACAUAGGGGAUCAAAGGUGGAAAAAAUUAAACAAUUGGACUUCUUUCCAAAAGUUCAAGAAAGUUUUAAGCAAAAAUCAUCUGUUGGGGGCACAUUUUCAGUAAUUACUUUUAUUCUUAUCCUUUGGUUAAUAUACACGGAAACUUCUUAUUAUAUGAACAGUAAAUUUAUGUUUAAAUUCUCUCCGGACACAGAUAUAAAUGCUAAAUUAAAAAUUAACAUAGAUAUGACGGUAGCUAUGCCUUGUUCGAGUAUUGGAGCCGAUAUUCUUGACUCAACAAACCAAAACGCCUUUAAAUUUGGUUCAUUAGAAGAAGAAGACACAUGGUUUGAAUUAUCACCUAAUCAAAGAAGGCAAUUUGAUAAUGAACAACAUUUUAAUUCUUAUUUAAGAGAAGAAUAUCAUGCAGUUAAGGAUGUAUUAUGGAAAAGUCGUUAUAUGUCAAAUUCUGGAAGCCUUCCUCCAAGAGAGGACAAACCUAAUCGACCACAUGAUGCAUGCCGUAUUUAUGGCUCUUUAAUUCUUAAUAAAGUAUCAGGAAAUUUCCAUAUAACAGCUGGAAAAAGUUUAAAUUUACCUCGAGGACACAUUCACAUCAGUGCCUUUAUCUCAGAGAGAGAUUACAAUUUUACACAUAGAAUAAAUCGUUUUAGUUUUGGCGAUUCUAGUCCUGGUAUUGUUCAUCCCUUAGAAGGUGAUGAAACGAUUGCUAAAGAUAGUAUGACCUUGUAUCAAUACUUUAUCGAAGUUGUACCAACUAGUGUCAAAACAUUUUUAACAUCAACUGAAACGUGUCAAUACAGUGUUAAAGAAUUAUCGCGUCCAAUAAACCAUGAUAAAGGAAGUCACGGAAUGCCUGGGAUUUUCUUUAAAUACGACGUUUCCGCCUUAAAAGUACACGUUAUUCAGGAAAGAGAACAUGUUGGAAUGUUUUUAGCGAAAUUAUGUUCCAUGAUUGGUGGAAUUUAUGUGUGUUCAGGUAUUAUAAAUAGUGUAAUUCAAUUAAUGGGAAAUUUCUUCCUAUGCAAAUGGAUGAAGAAGAAUGAGAAUGUGGCAACAUUGGAAAAAUAUAAAAUUAUUGUUGAUGAAAAAGUGAAAAAUAAUAUCCCUGAUGUUGUACCUUUAGUUACAUAAAACAAAAAUAAAUAAUAAAGCUUCAA